AAAUCCAAGGCAUAGAAUUUCUAUUGACCUGAUUAGCUAUUUCAGAGAUGAAGUCCCAUGCUUCAUUUUUGUUAGAUGGAUAAGGACUACCAUAGAAGCAAGUUAGAAGCCAAGGAAUAGAGUUUGUAUUGGUUUGAACUAUGAUAUUUAUCAUGUUUAGAUUCCACUGCACAAUUUCAAAUGAGAAUCCAUCAACCCAUCCUAUAACUAGCCCUCCUGCUGCUCCAAUUGGAUCAACUAUAUGAGUAUCAGGGAAGUCAUUAAGGAUACUUUUCACUACGUGUCUUUUAGAUUUAGUUUCGGAUAAGAAGAUGAUUUCUGAUCUAUCCUUACUUAUUAAUUAAUUUAGGUGAUUUUGUGUGAAAGGGAUUCCACACCGUUGGACAUUCCAAGCAAUAAUUUUCAUGGUCAGCCAACAGGAACUUUGAUCAAUGCGCAGUUUUUAGUGUAUUCAGAUCUAAUUCUCUUUGACAUUUGGUCAAUUUUUAUGCUUACUUUUCAUACGUUAUUGUAAUUUCUUUUUUUGAACAUUUGAUGGACUAACAUUUAACAUUUUAAUAUGGGUUCUGAUUUCUAUUUUAUCUUUUGAAGUUUGGAGACCUUUAGCUAUAGAUUGAGUGAGAUCUUUAGUUAUAGACUUUUAUGUUGGUCAGGGUUAAUAUUGAUUAUGAGUUUCUAUUUUCUUUAUGCAUGAGGUAUUGUAAGUGCACAAGCGAAGAUUUUCAGUAGUGAACAAAGAAAGAAGCAGAGAAGGCCAUGGUAGAGAAAGAGAUAGAGAUAAUUACAGACAAGGAGGUAAUGAGAAAAUGGUCAAGAUCCAUGAGAGUUCAAGGCAAAACAAUAGGUUUAGUACCUACAAUGGGUUACCUUCAUGAAGGUCACCUUUCCCUUAUCAAAGAAGCGCAAAAGCAAGCACAAGUCAUUGUUGUCUCAAUCUAUGUCAACCCAUCUCAAUUUGCCCCUUCUGAAGAUCUUACAACAUAUCCUUCUGAUUUUCAUGGUGAUAUUCAGAAGCUUAAGUCGAUCCCUGGUGGUGGAGUUGAUGUUGUAUUCCACCCUCAAAAUCUGUACGAUUAUGGAGAAUUCAUUGACAGUUAUACUAAUAAAGAAGAGAAGGAUAAAGGAGUGGAUUCUUGUAUUGGCGGAGAAGGGAAAUUAGGGCACGAAACGUGGGUGAGAGUUGAGAGGUUGGAGAAGGGAAUGUGCGGAAAAAGUAGGCCUAUUUUUUUCAGAGGUGUUGCUACUAUUGUUACUAAGUUGUUCAAUAUAGUUGAGCCUGAUGUUGCUGUCUUUGGCAAGAAAGAUUAUCAGCAAUGGCGAAUUAUUUGUCGGAUGGUACGGGACCUCGACUUUUCUAUUGAAAUAGUUGGUUGUGACAUAAUGCGUGAUGCUGAUGGCCUCGCGAUGAGCUCGCGCAAUGUGAAACUCUCGCCUGAUGAGCGGGAAAAGGCCUUAUCUAUCAGCAGAUCACUCUCAAGAGCUAAAUCUGCUGCAGAAAAUGGUCAAAUUUCAUGUACAGAAUUGAGAAACUCCGUAAUCCAAGCAAUUCUUGAAGCUGGAGGGAAAGUUGAUUAUGCUGAGAUUGUGGAUCAGGAGUGUUUGGAAGCAAUGGAAAAAAUACAUUGUCCAGUCGUGUUUUGUGUUGCUGCCUGGUUUGGGAAGGUUAGACUUAUAGACAACAUUGAAAUCAAUCACUGAUCAACCGUAGCCUGUCUAAUAUCUGGAUUCUGGUUAUAAUAAGAUGGAACCUUAAGUAAGUUUAUGUUAGUCUUUUGCGUGUACCAAACUAGCAUCUCGGAUUGUAAUAAUGAUCCCUCAACUGUUAUACAAAAUUGCAUUUUGAGGCCAAUUCUUUAUACGUUGCUCCUUUUCUUCAA